CUAUCUUUUUUUUUUUAAGGGAUUAGUCGGUGGAUUUGCCACCCAAGUCUACUUUUUUUAGAGUUUGGAAGAUUUACAAAUGCAUUUAAUUUUCUCUAGCCUCUAUUUUACGAUUGGUAACUCCUGAAAUUGAACACAAAAUACACUAUGUAAAAUACAGGUCUGGAAUUCAUUCAUGAUCACUGAACUUUUUUUCUGUUUCCGCUAGCAUACAGACAAAAUACUCCACCUAACAAAUGUUUAUAUUCCAAACUGCCCUCCUCCAUUGCAUGCAUGCCAUCACUUGUCACUUGUGGAGUGCAACUGUGUCAGUCAGUCGAAGAGAAGUUAAAUCAACGGUCACCAUGCGCCCUCAGUGCCUCCUCCUUCUUGUUGCCCUCAUCCUUCCUCUGGCCGCCGCCACCAGCACAGUCCAGAUCGGCGGUUGGAAACCCAUUGAGGACGUCAGCGACCCCGAGGUGCUAGAGGCCGCAGAGUUCGCUGUGUCGGAGUACAACACGAAGCAAGCAAAGGCUCAGAACAAGUUGGUGUUUGAGACAGUGCUCCGGGGUGAGACGCAACUCGUUGCGGGCACGAACUAUAAGCUUUUCAUUUCGGCAAAAAAUGAGUCGUCGGUGGCAAAUCCCACCAGGGUUAUCGGCACCGCCGCCGCAAAUAAUUAUGAGGUCUUCGUCUAUGACAGGGCUUGGGAGCAUCACAAGGAAUUGGUCUACUUUCAUCGUUCGAAAAAAAACUAACUAGGUUUAAAGAUUGCUUGAAGUUUAUAUCAAUAAUUAGAGCAAUUUGAAUGGUUGAUCUUCAAUCCUUAUUUUCGUGAA